CGAAGAAAUGCGCUACGAAUUUUUGCACCUACGAAGAAAUGCGAGACGAAGUAAUGCGACACGAAUAAAUGCGCCGACGAAGAUUUGCGGACGAAGAAAUGCGGACGAAGAAUUGCGCGACGAAGAAAUGCCAUACGAAGAUUUGUCCUGGAAUCCUGCAGACUGAUACAUGUGCAUUGUGCAUGGAUCUCAUCAGAGUGAUGGAACUAUCUCAGUGGAUCUUAAAGCAAACACAUUAAGAAUUCUAUUGGAUCCCACCACACUCAUCCACCGAAACUGGACCAGCCAGCGCUCCAGGCGUAGGAGCGUGGUCACUGGCACCAGUGGCGACAGCCGGAUCUGUCUGCGUGGAUGUAGGCCGGUGGCCACUGACACCAGCAGCAGCCUCUGGACCAGCCAGCACUUCAGACUGUUUAAAUCACAAGAAGACAGAUGGCAUCAUCAAGUGGGCGGAAGGUGCAGCAGAUCGGAUGCCCCGCGCACCCGGAGGCCCAUCUGAUUGAGGACUACCGCGCCGGUGACCAAAUCUGCUCCGUCUGCGGCCUGGUCGUCGGAGACCGUGUGAUCGACGUCGGCUCGGAAUGGCGUACAUUCAGCAGCGACAAGAACGCCGCCGACCCGUCGCGUGUCGGUGGCGCCGAGAACAAACUCCUGGGCAGCUCCGACCUGAGCACCAUGAUCGGGGAUGCGCGCGGCGCCGCCUCCUUCACGGCUGACGGACAGAGCAAGUACCAGAACCGGCGACAGAUGAGCAGCUCUGACCGCGCGCUGACCAACGCGUUCCGCGAGAUCGCGCUAAUGGCCGACCGCAUCAGUCUGCCUCGCACCAUCGUCGACCGCUCCAACAACCUGUUCAAACAGGUGCACGACGGUCGCAACCUGAAGGGACGCUCCAACGACGCCAUCGCCUCGGCGUGCCUAUACAUCAGCUGCCGUCAGGAGGGAGUGCCGCGCACAUUCAAGGAAAUUUGCGCCGUCAGCAAGAUCAGUAAGAAGGAAAUCGGCCGGUGCUUCAAGUUGAUUCUGAAGGCGCUUGAUACUACCGUGGAUAUGAUCACCACGGGAGACUUCAUGUCGCGCUUCUGCGCCAAUCUGCGUCUUCCCAACUACGUGCAGCGCGCGGCCACGUACAUCGCUCGCCGCGCGGCCAAGGAGCUGGAUAUCGUGCCCGGAAGGUCGCCCAUCUCAGUCGCCGCAGCGGCUAUCUACAUGGCGUCCCAGGCAUCCGAGGACAAGAAGACCCAGAAGGAGAUCGGAGACAUCGCCGGCGUGGCCGACGUCACCAUCCGGCAGUCGUACAAACUGAUGCUGCCGCGCGCCGCCGAGCUCUUCCCGCCCGACUUCAACUUCCACACACCGAUCGAGGACCUGCCCGAGCUAUAGACGCGCACUGAGGCGUUCUUGGCGCACCGCGGCGGUCUCAGCGCGCCGUGGCGGUCUCAGCGCACCGCGGCGUUCGAUGGCGACGGCCGGCGCUCGGACGGUGGUGGAGGGUCGUCCGCGACUGGCUGAUUAUCUGUCAGCACACUCCCGUCUACCAGUUAACAAACACUCGCACAUGCACAGAAUGCGUGACUCGCGGGGCGGCUCGCUGUGUGCAUGGAUCACGCGUACUGCGGCGCGGUGCAGAGAUCGGAGAGAGAAGACAUUAAGCAGCUGCUGGACAGGUGGAGGGUGGCCAGUCGCCCGUCAGUGACUUCCUGAGGCGCUCGUUACGCCGCACAGUUCAGAAUUUGUAACAUUAUGCAGUGCGUCAAGUCGGCUAGUGCACCUGGGCGCUUCCGUGGCGCCUUCAAAGACAUGGAGAUUUGUGUGCGGUACAGCUGCCAAGACUGUGUUGGUGUGUUGAUUGGUCGCGAACGAUCGUGCAAGUGUCUACCAUAAUAGUGUCCAUGAGGCAGGGGUUUGGGCGGUGAGAUCAGUCCAAGGUCAAGGGCCCAAUUUUGUUAGGAUUGGAAAUGUGCGUGGGGGUUCGACCUUGGACUUCGUCGUCUUACGCACUUACUUUGUCUGCUGCAGGCUGUCGAUAUCUCAGUGUCACGCCUUUGCUGUGUCUGGAUGUGGCCGACCGUCCUUGCGCACUCUCAGAUCACGCCUUCCAUUUUCGAUGGUUAGUUGUGUGAAAGACAAUAAUCCGAAUGUUCUGUGUAACGCGCGUCCGCCGGUUCUGUGUAGCCAGCCCCAUUCCUCGUAGUACUGCAACCUUCCGCCAUUGUACAAAGUGACCGGCGCGUGAAGAAGUCGCCAUCCGGUCGAGAGGUUUCUGAGCAGCGUCAUUGAUUAUUUGAUCUGGGGAUACCAGCGCGGAAUCUGGGUGACAUUUUUUGGUGUUAGUCGUAUUUGUAUGUAUGUUUGUUUGUUCUAGAAAUAAGUGGAUGUGUCGGUAAACCACCACAUAUAUGUUGUAACUGCACAGACAUCGUUUCUUUCAUUCACUUCAAAAUGCUGGCAGAAAUUCCACUAUUUUGUCUAUGUAGCAUUGGCGUGAAUACAUAAACCACAAAAUC